CACAUUUUUCAAAAAUGGCGGCGUCCGGAGUCGCUGUGAAUGCCGCUGCACGGGUAUGGAGCCCAUUCAAGGAUCUUCAAGCUGUUGUGGAGUCGGCUAUCCACCGUCGACAGACAGAUGCCGUCCACGACUUGGAAGUGAUGUUAAAGAAACACAAAACAGAUUUCCUGUCAUUGCUUAAAAACAAUCCAAAGAAUCCUACCCAUCGUGAAGCUGUGAAGAAAUCCAACACUGUGGGCCUUCUAAUACAUGGGGAGCAAAGAAAGCAGACUUUUCCCUCUGAUGUUAUUGAGGAAGCUAUUAUCCUUAGUGAUCUGUUUGAUUUGAAUGAAUUUGCAGCUUUGGAAUUGCUUCUGGCUGGUGAGGAGAAUCGUGCAGACUUCCCAGGACUGACACGAGGCCUGGUGGCAGUGCUACUGUACUACGAUGGUCGAAGGAGCCUUCUCAACGCCCUACGCACUCUCAUCCUGUCAUUGGAGGGGCGCACCUUCACGCUGGGACUGCCACCUGACCUUACACACAUCACAAACACAUUCAUACUGAACCUCGUGGACGAAAAUCUUACCAACAAAAUUCUUACUGUUCUCAAGGGGAUGGCUGUUACUGCAGAACUGGACAAACUACAGAACAACCGAGCACUUGGUCCACCUAAACACAGGAAACAGGUACAAGACAUGUACGAGGAGAUUGAGGUGACGUGUGCUGAGUGUCUGUUCAGCCUCUCAUGCCAGCGACCACUCGGCCGAACUGACACACUCCAGCUCAUCAACCAUCUCAAGGGAGACAACUCCCUCACUGCGGACGGCUCUCUAAGGCCUGUUACUCUUGCUUUACUUAUGGCCCUCCUCUACUGCUUUGAUGUAUCGGUGUUGGAGAGAGAGGAUGCAGAAGAUACCACAGUGGGAAUGCCAGUGUUCAGUGACCCAGCGUACAUUCAGGACAUCCACAAGGAGCUACGAGAUGGAUCAGCAUGGGCGGUCCCCGGGCUCCGUGCCGUGGUCCAGCUGGCCUGGGGUGUCACCCUCAGACAGCUAUCCCAGUACCCCCAGGCUGCAGGUGCGGGGGAGUAUUUUGAGGAAGAUGAAGCCAUGAUUGACCUGGCUAUAGAGGGGAAUGUGUUCUCCUUCCUACACAAGUCUGUCAUCUCUGUCAACAAACUACAUAAGGAGGAGUUUUACCUACGGCGACUGCAUGGAAUCACCACAGAUUUGAUAUAUCACCUGCCACUGAAGGUAAAGGAGUUACGUAACCGUGGUGAUGAGACUGCCAGGAUUCUACUGGCCCACUUACAGGAGGGACAGGAGCCCCCAACAUCUCUACGGCGAGACUUCGAGGACAUGCUCUACAUGCUGUGUGUGUUGUACGAGAAGGACCCUGUGGACCUUGACCUUGCCCUUGACUACUGGUGUCCCCCUGAACCUGUCAGCCAGCACGAGACCUUUAUAUACAGACCCCCACAGAGACAGGUUGCACUGUACAAGUUUGUGAGAAUGGCGGGCGAUUUGUUGCCUGCUGCCCUGUAUGUUCCAUACGUAAAGAUGCUCACAGGCCUGGCAUCCACACCCAAAAGUGCUGAACACUGCUAUAACCUUCUUAAAAUGAAUGGAAGCACCUCAAGCACUGUAUCAUGGGACCACAUCUUUACAUCGCUGAACCAGUACUAUAACAGUCUACGCCGGGAAUCCCCCCACUCCGGCGACCAGUCCAUGUCAUAUCGCAUGCAUAGUCGAGUGAUAACACGUCAGGAGUUGGACGGUCUGCUUGCUGUCCUGGAACUAACAAGAAGAGUCUGUGAACAGAGUGACAACUGUCGUGUAGCCAUGUGUGAGAACCAGCAUUGGUCUGUGGUGAUGCUGCUGUUUGGGCUAGUUAGCUGUGCUGUCCCGCCAACCAUGAAGGCUGAGCUCCUCCGUACCCUAGCCGCCCUUGCACGCACGCCUGAAAUAGCGGCCACACUCUGGCAGACCCUGGAGGCUUCACAGAUCCUGGUGACUGUAUCGGGUGGGUCUGGUGGGUCAGGCGCCCCACGGGGUGGGCUGGGCGCAGAGCUGGAGGAGGUGGAAGCCCGUGGGGAGGAGUUCGCUAUCACCAGGGCCUUCCUCUCCCUCCUGGCAUCCCUCACUGACACCCCUGUGCCAACUGCUCUAGGAGCAGGCUUGCGACCACCAGGCUUUGACCCCUAUCUGGCAUACAUACGGGAUGAUGUCUUUCUCAAGUUUGCUACAAGGGCUUACAAGAGCCCUGCUGAAAAGUGGGAGGUAGCAGAAAGCUGUCUCAGGAUUAUGUGUAAACUCCUGCAUGAGUACGAGCCUGUGGGUGAACACUUUAUUGACCUGCUGGUAGAGGGUCCUGCGGGAAAUGUCCUUGCUAACAAACCUGCUGGAUUCAACAUUCUGCUGCACCUGCUCAAAGACAGCCGUCUCCUCCAAAUGGUGUUGAGAAUUCUGGAUGACUCCAUGAAACAUUUUCAAACCUACACGCAGGCUCCAGGUCAGGAGAACCUGGAAGGUUGUGCCCUGCUCUGCCUGCAGCUGUUGGCCAGAGCCCUGGACCAGGAGGCCGGGUUUGUAGCACUAGUACGGGAGAUAGGCUCCCCUCUCCUGGUUACCCCCCUCGACAGACUGCUCCUGGCCAUCAACCCUCGUACUGGCAGGGCUGACUUCAUCGUCACAAUCACCAAGUUCCUGAUGUUCAACAGUACAAUGGCGGACCACUGCCUGUCUGCUACACGGAUCCUCUACCACAUCUGUAAAUCUAGCCCCAUACAGGCUGAUCUCGUCAAUCUGUACACAGAAAACAGGGAGCAAAGUGAGGAGUUGCUGCAUGGGUUUGUGGAGUGCCUGGAGACGGACGAUGUGGAGGAUGAGUGUACUGCCGAUAAUGAGAUAGCCAGCCUGGACACAGAGACCACACCUGCCAGGACACAUAACUCCACGAGACAAUCUCUCCUAAAGCUGAUGAUAACCUCACUUGAUCUGCCUGCCCCAAACUUGGCCCACUAUCUCAUGGGAUUUGAGUUAAGGAAGCCAGUCAGUCAGACCAACUUACAGGACCAGGGUAUCCUAGGAUCACCAAAGACCUGUCUUCACGCGGUUCUUACCCUGCUGGGCCGUGGGGUAGGUCAGGGAGGGGCAGGACCACAGUGUCUUACUGACUCCCCUGUCACCGCUGAGCUCGCGUUCAAGCUAAUAUACCUGUUGGCAGCCAACAAGGACACGUCUUUAGCCAUGCUGAGAUACCUGCGAACAUCACACGAUUUCCUCUACAGGCAGUUACAAUACCUACCUUAUGACCAGAAAGAUUACAAGCAUCCUGUGACCCAGCACCAGUCGUGGUUGUUGAAGACAAUAGCGGUGGAGCUGCGUGUCACAUCUCUCAACAGGCAACGCUCACACACACACAGGCUCAUGAAAGUGCUUCUAGAUGAUUUUGAUGAAGAUCAAACUGCAGUGUUACAGCCAGCAGGAGGGAGGGUAGAUGACUCAGAGUUUGUAGGAUCCCGACUCGUGAACGUUACUGCACCUUCUCACUACUCCAGGAAUGUCAGAGGCCGGCAGUACCGACGUCGUGUCAUGUCACUUCUUGACACAAUUUCCUUUGACCAGUCAUAUCCAGAACAAGUGCAUCUGGAGUUCUUUGACCAACGGCUCAUACAGCAGGUUGUGGCUAGUGUGGAGCGGCGGGAUGAAGAUGGGGUAACAUUUUAUGAUGUGCAAGGGCUGCACAGAAUCCUCAUGAACGAGCUGAACAACCUGCAGGGAACCACCAUGGCAGGACAGAGACAGAUGAUUCUGGAGGAGAUAAAGCUUGUACUAAGGAUGGUGAUAGAGCGUAAUAGGGUGUGUACGAGCCUGCAUUGGAAGCAGGUGGGGUUUGACGCUUGGAGACAGGUGACGGAGGUGGUCCUCUCUGCUUGUCCCUCCGACCUCUUGCAGGGGGAAACACGCCAGACAGUGCUGUUUGAGAUUCUGCAAGAGCUGCUUAUGAAGGUAGCUGAUGAUGAUGCUUUGCCAGAGCUAACUGCCCCUGUUGCCGGGACAAUACUAAUUCUGAUGGCCAAUCUUCGCCAGUGUUUCAUGGCACAUGAUCAAUCUCCUAGCGACAAGGAGCAUCGUGACCUCCAGUAUGUAACCAUGCUGGAUAGGUCCCAGCAGGGUGUGAACAACACCACCGUGUCGUGGGGUCAAGGAUCACAGGGGUCAGGAACAAGAACUCUGUUUGCAACCUCACUACAGAUGGUUCUCAAAGGAUUAAUUGAGCAUAUCCUCAGAUGUAGUGGAGGCCAGCAGCGUGUGCGGGCUAAGCUAUAUGGAACCCUGCUCUACUACCUGCAGAUUGCUGAUACGCCCAGGAAUUCUCACAAACAUCUACAAGAUGAGAGAAGUGGUGGUGUGGAAUCUCGCCUUCUGUCAUCUGGGGACACAGAGUAUGAUCAACUACGCAAGGAAAACAUAGCGACCAUCCUCAACUAUGGUGACACCUUCAUGGAUCUGCUGUGUAGAGAUGCCUGUGACGGGCUCGACGUGGGCAGGAUGUUGGCCCUAUCGGUGCUGGACUGUAUUGUCAUGAUGGACAAGUUUAGCCAGUGGUUGUCGUUCCUGUCUUCCAAGGGAUACCUCCAACACCUCAUCGACAGUCUCUCUGCUGAUGAUGAAAAACUAAUGUCCGUCCUGGCUGGAGGCACACACAGCCUCAAAGUGCUCUAUCUGUAUGAAUCAAAACUGAGUCUGUUGACCCGAGUAGCAGAGACUGCGACAGGCGCCAGCACGAUACUGAGGUGUGGUGUCAUGUCACAGCUGGCAGCUUGUUCCUUCUUCGACAUGAGACCCGACAUGGAUAGGAGCCAAGCAGUGUACAGUGUGGAGGAUGACUUCCUGCCAGACGCAGUAUCCCGAUACCGCCACCUGCUGUUCACUACACUGAGGUUCUGUCUUGCCCUACUUACCUCUCUUGGCACAGAAAACAGGGAGGCAGGUACUCAGGUGAUGCAGUUUAUUGUUUCCCAUGGGGACAUAUUCCACGCUAUCCUACUGGACAGACGGACAAGCAUCAACCUCCAGGUGCUGCAGGAGCUAGCUCUCACCACAGCUGUCAUCUCAAGUGCAAACUGUCGAGAAGAGGAGCCCUAUACAGAGGUAAACACUGCAGAGAUAGAGUUUCGCGGCCACAAAUUGAGGAUCCAGCGUCACAUGGUCGCCCUGCUGCCACGGUAUUGCGUCUCCGAGAAACUCAUGAAGCAGCUGAAGAACCUGGACAUUCAACAUGAGGGUGACAAGGCAGAGAUACAAGCCCAGGUCACUCAGGCAUACCUUGAUGUAGCUACCAAUGUCACGUCAUACUGCCGCGCUCUUGUGUCUAACUCAGGCCCAAAUGUGCAGUACUGUAGAGUUCUUUUCUGGCCGAAUAUGGAGGAGGCAAUGACUCGAGACAUUCAAGGCAGUGGAGACCUGUCAGUAUCGAGUUUGACCCCGGCCCAGCUACCAAACCUGGGUGUGCUUGUGUACCAGCUGAAGACAUGCAUGAGUCAGUUUCUAGCUGUGUACGAGAAAAGAAAGUUCCACCUAAGCAAACUUGAGGGACUCUCAGACCUGAGUGUGGAAGACUUGAAACAGUUUUCUGGAGUGGUUGAGGGUGAGAAAAUGUCAUCCCAGCAACGACAGGCUGUCGCCUACAAGAGGCUCUCACACAUCAUAGCAUACAACUACCGCCAGCUACAGGCAUACUCUUACAUCAUAGAGAACAGCCUGUUCUUGUUAUGGAGACACCUGGAAUACUACCUGAUCCACUGUGUGCCUAGUGACAGGAGCCAGGCCAACAUACAGACACAAGCACGCAGACAACAGCAGAUCAGGAGACUGCAAGAUGCAGUAGGUGUAGGUGGUUCCCCGUCCAUGGAUCGUAUUGGAGGAGGAGACAGUGUGUCAAGUUUUGACCUGGAUGACUCGAGACGUCAUGUGCGCCAGCAAGAUAUCGACACACUUAAACAGGCAGCUGUCACUGUGCUCAGUGAGUCGCUGUUCAAGAAAAUACAGGAAAUCAAUCAGACGUUCUGUAAGAGCCGCAGCCACUAUGGGUUUGUUGAGGCUGUGAUCCGGAGAGUCAAGCGUCUACUGAGACUGCAUACAGGUUCCUGAAUAACUUGGACUACAAAUAUGAAUAGCAGCAAAGGCUGGAAAGCUCACUAUAUCAAACAGAUUUGCAACCAUGGAAAAUUUCAUGACUAAUUAAAUAUAGUCUUUUAGAAAUCUUGAUAAGUGGGCUUUGGAGCAGUUUGUCUUAUUUCAAUGACUGUUGAUUAAACAUUACAAACAUGAACACACUUUCAACUUUACUGUAUAUGUAAGGGUGUAUUUGUUUUCCAUUCUAUUAUUCUAUUGAAUGAAUCAUGUGUUCAGAUUUUCGUGUAAUAAAAGUGCAUUGCUGA